GUGAAUGGACGCCUCACGACGCAGCAAGUGAGCGAGAUUUCAGCGACGUAUGGUGUGCACAAGGCCACAGGAUGGCGAGUAUGGCGCCGCGGUCAGUCGUCAGGCACAACAGUCGACGUUAACUCGCGAAUAAAGGGCCAUUCUGGAGGAAAGUCCAAGUACGAUGUUGAUGAUGUCGAGCAACGUAUCAAAUCGGUCCCCAUCGUCAAGCGCCAGACAUAUCGAGCACUGUCACGCGCCGUCUCGAUCCCCAAGUCCACGAUAUAG